AGCUUACAUUAAUUAUUGCACAAUGUGACCUGAUGAAAUAGCUCUUAUUGUGUAAUUCCAUUAAUCACACAAAGGAGCAGUUCAAGCUGGCAUUCGCCCCAUCAGACACCCCAUCAGACUGUUUUCAGUUUCUUUCUACUUUUUCGCCUCUUCUGACUUUUCAUCAAACUUGACCUGCUCAAUUAGAAUCGUACUAUUAGCACAAUGGAGACCUAGGCUCGAUGCUGGUUAGGGGGAUAGAAAUUUUCGACCAGUGAAACGUUUGCUUUCUUUAAGCUAAAUUGAAAGCUACAUUGACUUGAAAGGGCCAUAACAUGCAGAUCUUGGUGGGGGUUUUUUUUGUGUGUGUUUUUUUGUAAAAGACUGCUGUUGCUUAGAAACUAGGUGUGCUUUUCCUUGAUGGUGCGAGGAUGAUGCUGCUGUUUAAGCUUUCAUGGAGAAUCCAUCACCUUGUCAUCCGGUUAGAUUUUUUUUUUAAAUAAGCUAUUUAUAGGAUUGGGCCGUGUUAUUUAGCGCGUGCUGUGGGUUACCAUAUGGCUUCGUAUGAACUAGAAACAGGGUCUGAAUUUGGUUUUAGAGAGAUGGGUUCAGAGAAGCAAACAUGCAAAUAGCAGCACCUAUUUUAACGUUUUAAACAGGCUAGCACAUGUUGUUUUUCUGUCCAGCUAAAUGACAUUAAAGGAGCUGUAGGCUGUUCAGGUCACGUGCAUUUAAGCAUGGACUGCAAACAUGUCUGCUUAUACAUUUGGUCCACGCAGAGGAGCUCAAAACGUCUCCCCUACUGCUCUGUCAUAAUAUGCCGAAGCACUGGAGAGAAACACUAGCCUAGGCAUGUGGUUUAGGACACAGCCCGAGCUGUAGGGCAAAGCCUUGUGCUGCUGCUGCACCUUAUGAAUAAUUCAUGAGGUGACGUGCACACUGCGGCGAAGUGCCUGCUCGGUUCAACGCGGGAAAGUGGGCGUGGUUUAUGUAAAUGACUGCCAUGACGCAAGCGGAUGAGUUUUUAAUCCGCUGCCGCAGCAGAUCAGAUGAGCGGCCGGGUAACGCCGAGGAAGCGGGGGAUGCGCAGUCGGUCGGCGAAAAAAACGGUCCGGAUAAAAAAAAAAACAAUGAUAAUAAUAAAAUAUAAAUAGCCGCAGAUUGUAAUAUAAUCAGAGACUAAACGCGGCUCGACGAUUUAUCGACGGCCGACCCCCGACAGCUCCUCCUCUCUCUCUAUACGCUGUAUAGGAAGUUAAAGGUCACUGCGCGCUCCCGUUUUUUGUUCUUGGAUAAAAAAAAGAAAAGAAAAGAAAAAGGCCCGCGGAUAUUCGCGAGCUCCCGUUUUUAUUCCCGUGUUUUGACGCAAAUAAAUGGGUGAUUACGGCUUCGGCUUGUUACAGACAGCGAGUCUCGACAGCGGCAGCGCACUGUUCGGCGCUUUCAGAUCGUCCUACUCGAGCCUCUCCCCGGUCACCGGUGACCUCCUCCUCCCCGCCGCGUCUCUGCAGUCUGUCUCGUGCAAAAGCAGCAGCGCAGCAGCGUCCCCGCGCUCACCGUCGGCCGCCGCGCCCCGGCGAAACAUGCAGGAUGAGCCCGCGGGGGUGACAGCCUCGCGGCGUCAGGUCGCGUCCACCGAGUCGAGCGACGAGGCCGGAAACGCGGCGGCCGAGCGAUCGCAACCCACCGGCGGCAACCACGGGAACGGUCAUCCCCACACGGACUACGACUUCAGCGACUAUAAGGCCGGACAAGGCCGCUUCGGUGCUGUCGCGUCACUGCGUGACCUUGAGAGAGAAAGGAGCGACAAUCCGCACGCAGACUCCGAGUGCGCCCCCGAAGGCCCCGGUCAACUCCCGGAAGACGCUCUGACCGAUGCUGCGGCGCCCUCGAGCGCAUCCGUGAGUCCCAACAAGGUCCAGAUCCGAAUGGAGCCCGCAAGUGCGCAUCUCGCAGCGGCCUUUACGAGCCUCCCGCAUCACGAGACCUCGGCUGCUUCCCCCUCCCUCCCCGGGUUCGGUGCACCGUGGUCCGUGCACACGAGCUCCCCCCCGCCGCCGGUAUCCAACAACAGUCACAUCAUGCCUGGUACCGAGCCCGAUGGAGGAUUCUACCCAGGAAUCCCUUCCUCGGUGAAUCCCGGCUUCUUCCAGAGUUUCUCUCCCGGUGUGAACGCGCACGGGUUCGGUGCUCCGUUCUCGCCGCAGAUGGGCGGCGCUCCGCCGCAGCACGCGCCCAGCCGCCGCUCCCCGCUCAGCCCGCAGCACGGCACCUUCCUGCAGCAGAGGAACAGCUACAACCAGCAGCAGCCCCUGAUGAAACAGUCUCUGUGGGGCAGCGGUUGGAACUCUCCGGGCGUGUCCUGGGGCAGGGACCAUCGAGGGCGCGGCGUCGGCAUGGCCGUGCCCGUCUCGCUCGGCCAGAUCUCGCCCAUGAAGAAGCCGUUCAGCAGCGGGAGCGUCAUCGCCCCGCCCAAGUUCCCACGCUCCGGAGCUUCACUCGGCCCUAAGACCUGGAGCGACGACAACGUGUUCCGCACCGACAACAACAGCAACACACUGCUGCCUCUGCAGGACCGGAGCAGAAUGUACGACAGUCUGAACAUGCACUCGCUGGAGAGUUCUCUGAUCGACAUCAUCCGGGCCGAGCAGGAGCCUCUGAAAGGCCGCAUGGGAUGCCCACAUCCUGGCGCCGAUGGCCUGCUCGUGCUCAAUGCGAGGAGUUACAGCAGACGACGAGGACGCUCCUCCCUAUUUCCAAUAGACGACGGUCUUCUUGACGACGGGCACGGUAACCAGGGCGGAGUUCUGGGAUCUUCCGGUUAUCCGCAUCAGAACGGAGAGCGCAUCGAGAGGUUCUCACGGAAAGUGUUUGUGGGCGGCCUGCCACCCGAUAUAGACGAAGAUGAGAUCACCUCCAGUUUCCGGCGGUUUGGUCACCUGGUGGUUGAUUGGCCACAUAAGGCAGAGAGCAAAUCUUACUUUCCUCCAAAAGGUUACGCCUUCCUGCUUUUCCAAGAGGAGACCUCAGUGCAGGCGCUGAUCGAAGCCUGUCUGGAGGAGGACGGCAAACUCUACCUGUGUGUGUCCAGCCCCACUAUCAAAGACAAGCCCGUCCAGAUCCGCCCGUGGAACCUGAGUGACAGUGACUUUGUGAUGGACGGCUCGCAACCUCUUGACCCACGUAAGACCAUCUUCGUAGGCGGCGUGCCCCGUCCUCUGAGAGCAGUCGAGCUAGCUAUGAUCAUGGACCGUCUGUACGGCGGAGUGUGUUACGCCGGGAUCGACACCGACCCUGAGCUGAAGUACCCGAAAGGGGCGGGCCGAGUGGCCUUCUCCAAUCAGCAGAGCUACAUCGCCGCCAUCAGCGCCCGAUUCGUCCAGCUGCAGCACGGAGACAUCGACAAGCGGGUGGAGGUGAAGCCGUACGUUCUGGACGACCAGCUGUGUGACGAGUGUCAGGGGGCGCGCUGCGGAGGCAAGUUUGCGCCCUUCUUCUGCGCCAACGUCACAUGUCUGCAGUACUACUGCGAGUUCUGCUGGGCGAACAUCCACUCGCGCGCCGGCCGAGAGUUCCACAAGCCGCUGGUCAAAGAGGGAGCGGACCGGCCACGCCAGAUUCACUUCCGCUGGAACUAACAAGCAACGAGGAAGUGCACGCGCCUCGAGCCUGCGCUAUCAGUAUAGAGCACCUAACAGUAUACAGUAUAUAGAGAUCUAUGGAAAUAUUUAUCUUUAUCUUUUGUAGCAGCCAGAAACACUACAUGCCUCAUUUGUUUCACCAAAUCAUACACUUUUGCUCCCUUAACCUACCCUCAGUCCCUACAUCUCAGGCUUUUGUGGUACUUUGUGGUGUUUGGUUUAGUUUUUAAAAAGGACAUUAACCGAAAAGAGAUUUGUAGGUUUUGUUUUGUUUUUUCCCGAAUUAUUUUUGUAUGUCAGAUUUAACAAGUAGAUAUGAGAAUGUCUUUCGCAUGAGAGGGCAGUUGUCUGUCUGUCCGUCUGUCUGUCUGCUGCUAAACAACCCCACCUCCCUCCCUCCCCAGUGGGUAAAGUGCGCAAUUGUCUCUGGAUAAACACUUGAUGAUGUAAUCCGUGGGAGCUGCACCAUCGUGGUGUAAGGGUGUAAGCGCUACAGCGGGGAAAAUCACGAACCCAUGCUGAGCUACGAGUGUAGAAAUCUGUAAGCUCCCCUGCUCGAAUAGAUGCCUGCCAAGGGUCUUUACCAAAGGUAGCGAAAGAAAACAAUCUCCUCGCCUUUAUUUAGUCAAUUCUGGAAUGGUUUCGGGGGGAAAACAAAUAUCGAAUUUAUGCAAUUUUUUUAGCUUAUUUCAAAUAUAGUCAAUCAGCCAAGUCCAAAAUAUCAGAUGUCUGAGGCGGUUUAUUCUUUAUUGUUUACACAAACAGUAAACCGUUAUCUUGCCGCCAUCUUGGACAACACUUUUUUUCCCUUUACCACUAUUUUUAUCGUUCAUCCCCCCCCAUUAUGUACGCGUUUUAUUCCUUUUAUACUACAGACAGUGUUUCAUUUACUAAAGAAUAACACUGUGCAUUUUUUCCCAUAUAUAUUUACGUAGCGUCGCCGAACGUAGACGAAACAAGUUAACACGUGUUAUCACUUCAUAGCAGCUGUAAAUGUAAGUCGUUCCCUUAUAAGGCAAAAGAUAAGCAAAAAAACCCAACAAAAACGCAUCUUUUUUGUCGUAACCCGUAAAGCAGAAAAUUGUCGUCGAAAAUGAAUCACCUCCUGAUCGAUCAGAUUUGAUAAUUCAGUAGAGCUGUGGUGUAAGUGGACGAUAACGUUUUUCCGUUUUAAACUAAAACGUAUAUGUUCGUACUUUUUGCGUUACUUUUGGUUCGAACAUGCCUUGGCUGAUCGACUUCGUUUGCGAUAAAAUAAAAAUCUGUUCCUUUAAUAGUUAAAAUCCGAAAAAUAUCGAGUUACUCUAUCACUGACCCGCUGGAAGACUAAUACCUCGCAGUUUAAUCGUGAGCUACAUAUAUAAAACGAAACGCUUUGCUGCUAUAAUGAAUAACUAGACGUAUUAUUGCGAUAUCUAACGGCAUCUUUAACUACAAACGUUAACAAUUACAAUCGAAAUGCAGCGUGCGCUCUCACACGGCCGUGGAGGAAGGGAAUGUGAAACCGUACAUGCAUGUGUGUGUGUGUGUGUGUGUUUGUGUGUGUGUGUGUGUUUGUGCGUGUCUUUGCACCUGUUUCCAAAAAAGACACAUAAAGAUUCGUUUUAUCGAUCACUUACACUACGUAGCAUGAGAGAUUUCGAAAAGGCUCUCAAGUACAAGAUAAUCUCAAUAACGGUGAGCAUAAAGGAAUAUCAUGUUGAAAAUGCGUACUAAAAACCGUUGCAUGCUUCGAUAUUGUAACUUUCUUUACACAAAUAGCGUCAUUAGCGUCGUCGGUUAGCGCCAUUUAGCGGUAUCGCUUCGUGAAGAAGCAGUGUGCCGUCCAGUGCUCUCGUACGUCUUGUGUGUGUGUAGUGUGCGUUCACGUUGGCGUUUAGUUUAGAAAUGAUGUAGAUAGCAGAACGUUCGAAUAUCUCUACAUUCAGUGCCUGCUACUCACGCAGGUCAGCUGUUGCUAAGCUAAACACGAUGUAUAAUACCACACAGAUGCUUUCAUGUAUCCAAAAUACUAAGUUGGGUUUUUUUUUCCUUUUUGUUUUUUUACCAGAAUUCAUUGAAUACUGAGUCAUAUUCAAUAGAUAGCUGAUUUUUUACUUAUUUAUUCAUUUUUACCACACAGAAGAGCUAUUAUAUUCUGUAUUAUGUAAUGCUACCGGAAUUCAUGCUAACUUGUAAAGAUAAUCGAGAAAGCUUGUUUUCUGUAGUAGUAAACUUGACUCAUUGAAUACUGAGUCAAAAAGAAGAAUCGCAAGAAAGAUAAAAGAUUAUAACUAGCAUUUUGAGUAGCCAGCUUAUUUUUUUAUUAUUAUUUUUUUUUUACCACACAGAUGAGCUAAUGUAUCCAAAAUGCUAGGUUUUAUUUUCCCCCCAGAAUCCACGUUAACACUGUCUAUAAAACUUUGUUGUUCACUGGAGCAGUAAACUCGACUCAGUUGACUCGGGGUUGAGUCACAAAGAAGAGUCACUAGAAAAGCGCACUAAUAACUAGAUUUGUUCAGUAGCUACCUAAAAGGCUGAUGAUUAAAAAGCUCAUGCCUAACUAGCAUGCUACAUAGCCUGAAGGACAGACAACUUAGCUGACUUCAUGCUACAUUUUAACGCGCGUAUUUUAAAUGUUCCGUUUGCAAGUAUUAUGCAGCGGUGGCAACGUUUUACACUUUCGCCGUAGCAUUUUUACGAUUUUCGACGCCUGGAAAAAAGAUGAAGAUUUUUCCUUAUUAACUUGCGCUUACGUUGACAUUUUGCCUCGCUGUUUUCAAACCGUUUCAAAUCUGAAAAGCGAAAUGUAAUAUUUUAAUAUAUUUGAAUAUUUUUUUUUCCCUGCUAGGAUUGUCUUAUGAGCAAAUCGAGGCCUCUGCAUUACGCUAAAAACCAAGCGACGUUUCCAGUGAGACAACACUAUGUGGAAAGAUGACUCUCGGGAUCGUUUCUCAAAAUGGCCGACGUUCUAGCGAGGGGUAAAUUGUAUCGCUACAACCAGACGUCGGUUCUAGCUUUAUUUAUGUAGCUACGAGAGCGUGCGGGGGUGAUAUUUCUCUUCUGUGAUGGCUGAUGUUCUCGUCUUCUUCUCUCUAAACAUCAACGUGGAUAGAAACGUCGAUAAAACAAACAACCAGGAUUGUUGUCGUUUUCACUUCGGAAAAAAAAUGCAACCCAAUCGAGAUAUAUAUAUAAUUUUUUUUACUGAGUUUUUCGUAGCGACCUGCGCAGAUUCCGUCGUCUCGUCUCUGUGAUGAAGUGCAUCUCCGUAGACAGUGUUUUAGGGACAGUCUGUGUGGAAGCAACGGAUGCCUGCGCGUUACGCCACGUUGUGGUACUGUACUCAUCGUAGUUGCUCUGUGCAUGUCUAGCUAGCUAGCUAGUUAGGCUCCUUCCUGUAUUCGCUGUGCUUGUGGCGUCGGUGAUAUGUUCAGUGCCCUUCGCUUGCUCUGUGAUCCGAACAUUCGCGUUUUUUUUUUUUAGCGAUUCGUGUGUUCUUAUUUAUUGCCGAGUAUUUAUUCACGUCCACCGUCACACGAUCACGUGCACUACUGUACUCUACGUCCGUAGCACAUCGAAGUUAUCGGAUCGUUAUAUUGAAGUCUACUGUACACUCCGACACACACACGAAAAAAAAUAAUAAAUGUAAAAAGAAAAAAAUAAUUCCUUAAUAUUAAUGUUUUAUUCCGUGUCUUCGAGACUACCUUUUUAUUAACUAUAACGGAUUAUUUAAUAAUGUUUGUUCGUGCUAACUUAUUUGAUCAAAUCGUCGGACACAAUAACGUGCGAUCCAGUCAUGUAUAUUUGGGACGUGAACGAUGGUUGAAGGAAAAUAAAAAUAAAAAGAUCAAAAUAACCUUAGGACGAGUGUCCCAGAGUCUGUGAAGGAACGUUCCAGACAACAUUUACACCGUCACGUAAUCCCUUUAAUGCUCCGCUGUAGCUGGAGUUUGUGCUCAGUACUGUGUCCUCCUCUCGCUGUGCAACGUGUGUUGUUUUUUUGCCCCGUUUUUGUUUUUCCUCGUUGUACGAAGUCGUAUUUAUUUCUAUUUUUGUAGCUUGGAUUGUAUUUUUCUAUUUCACUUAUUCGUCCCCCCCCCCCCCCAUUAUUUAUGAUUCAGCAGGGUUUUUGGUGGAAAUAUGUUAAAAAAGAAAAAAACAAGCUAACUCAACCCACCCAUGCAAUUAUGUGUAUAGUUAUAGAUUAAUUAACAUAUAGUUGCUUUUGAACGUUUUAACGUGAUUAAAAACUUAAUAUAUUCAGUUAUUUUAUUAUUUGAAGGUUUUUAUUAUUAGUAUUAUUAUUAUUAUUAUUAUUAUUAUUAUUAUUAUUAAUUUCAUGGAAAACACUUGAGCCUCUCUGUCUCUCCCCCUCACUGACGUGCAGAAACUUGAACACACUUUGAAAGGCUGACUAACCUCGGAUCUGUGUCGUGUCGUGCAAUACUGUUUCUAACGUUUGUAUAAAAAGAAUAGUGAGAAUUACAGUGUAUACCUUUUUAACGCAGAUUUAUUUUUGUCAUUGCCUAUUUUGCAGAGUUCCGAUUCACGGUUGUCAUUUUUUUACGGUCGGAAAAAAGAUGAAACCCCUUUUUUUCAUUGCGACUAUUUUUAAUAACCCAGAUCUCUUUGUACUGAUGUAAAUGAUUGUAGUUUAUUUUGGAUAGCGUUUUUUGCUAAGAAAAAAAAACAAAAUCAAAAGGAGACUUUUUUCAUGCAUUUCUAUUUCAUUUCAUCUUGUUUUACUCCUCUUUUUUUUCACUUUAAUAGUGGCGAAAAUACUUGGAAUAAUUUUUCAUAUAUGUCAUUAACAUUAUUUUGUAUUUUUAUGUGGAAAUAUAUAAAUAUCUAAUUUUAUGAUGCUAAUUGCUAAGAUGUUAUUCAUUUGAAUUAUUUUUCAAGCUGAGAUCUUUGUAAUAUUGUUAAUGUUACUAGUUUCUAAAUCAGAGUCUGUGUACAGAUCUGCUCGAGCGGUUUAUGAAGUGUUCGGAUUGUAAUUAUUACUGAAUGGAUCUUUGAUAUGCAAAAUGAAUAUGAUGUUGAUUUUUAUUUUGAUUAUUAUUAUUUUAUUUAUUUUAUUUUUUUGUAUUUAAAUGGGGUGUUGAUUACAAUCUUUAUUUCGUUUUUCAGUUUCAUGAAUAAAGAGCCGUUCUGUUCGGA